UGUUCCAAUCAUUAAGUUCUCGAACUAUAAUUUCUAUCUAUUUCUCAUUUCCUACAGUUUCGACAUUUUUAUCAUAAAUUUUCAUACAUAUAAACUAAUAUUACGAAUGUUUUGAAACGAUAACAUUACUACGAGACAUUAUUUUCUUUUAAAUAAAAAAUAUCGUCGAAGUACACUUAUAAAGUGAUUAAAUAAAAAAACAUAUCGCGGCAAAACGUAACUUCCGUUAAUAAGUUAAAGAAUGAUGAAAUGACGUAGACAUCUUUUGUGCCGUAACUCGUGUCAAUAGAUCUCGUAAUGUACGCGAGCGUAAGCGUACCUGAGCCAUAAGAUAAAGGGUAGAGUUCCUCUUAGUGAUAAAGUAAUCAGUCAUGUUUUUCUAUUGUGCAGUAAUCUCAUUAAUAAUAAACGGCGAAUAGCAAUCAAAAUUAAUAUUGCCUUUUGUCGUUUUUUUUUUUUUUUUUUUUUAUAAUAUUGCGCUUUUGUGAUUUUUUACUUGAAGAAUUCGGUGAAGAAACGGUGCACUACAUAUUUUCCACAAAAUGAUGCAAUUUAUGUUAUUGUUCAGUCGUCAAGGGAAGUUACGCUUGCAAAAGUGGUAUGUUGCACAUCCAGAUAAAUUGAAGAAGAAGAUCACGAGAGAAUUAAUUACUACAAUACUUGCGAGAAAACCAAAAAUGUCAAGCUUUUUAGAGUGGAAAGAUGUUAAAGUUGUUUACAAAAGAUACGCAAGUUUGUAUUUCUGUUGUGCGAUUGAGCAGAAUGACAAUGAAUUGCUUACUUUAGAAAUUAUACAUCGUUAUGUCGAGUUACUGGAUAAAUAUUUUGGCAGUGUAUGCGAGUUGGAUAUAAUCUUUAAUUAUGAAAAAGCAUAUUUUAUAUUGGACGAAUUACUAGUUGGCGGAGAAAUACAGGAAACAAGCAAGAAGAACGUGUUGAAAGCCAUUGCAGCUCAGGAUUUACUACAGGAGGAGGAAACCCCACAAGGAUUUUUCGAAGAUCACGGAUUGGGAUAAUAUUUUUCCAAAAGUUCUAUUUUCUUUCCAAUUCUUUCCAAUUGGCAAGACAUAGUAGGAAUUUUCUGUCAUUCCAGGACAUUGAUUGCAUUGUAUGUGUAAGCUACUAUUUUACUUAAACUAUUAAGAAUCAAUAACGCAAAAAAAUCUCCUAAGAACGUUAUUUUCAUGUUCUCCUAGUAAACGUUAUUUUCAUUAUAUACAAUAUUAAAGUUAUUAACAACUUCUGUCAAGAGAUAUGUUAUUCUACUAUUGAAAACUUUUCAAAGAUUUAAUUAAGUUAAAGAUUAGCGUAAUAUGCGUGUUACGCUAAGUCACCAGUCAGUAUUUCUAAAUUAGGUACACUGUCGUUUUACAACUAGCAAUGUUACAUAUCAAGUAAACAAAGGAAGACUUGGCAAUGAAUUAUUUUACUUAUAUUCAUUAUCAUAAUUUUUCAAGCUGUUUACAUUUUAUUUCCAUACCGAUCUAAUGACUGAUGCAUCAUUCGUAAAAUGUACUUACAAAUAAUUAUUAUUAUAUCGUUUAUAAUUAAUUAAUGAUUGCAUUUAGAUAGACUGCUCUGUUGGACCUUGGGUGCAUAAUUAUAUUUAGUUAGCCCGUGUAAACGUGUAUAUAAAUAUAAUAUAAAAGUUAUACAGAUUCUUUUUUCUCGACAAUUUAGAAGUAUACUGUUGGUGAUCGCAUAGACGAAUUUAUAUUUAAGACUAUUGUUAUCGAAUACAUAGUGAAUCACAAUUAAAUUUUCAGAUAUUUGUUAAUUAUAUGUUUCAAUAUAUACUUCAAGUAGAUUUAUCAUGUUUUAUCGUUGUAUCAUGUUAUAAUUUUCUUCUUGAGAAUAUAAUGUUCUCAUUAAUCUAUCUAACAAAAAGGAAGGAAAAUGAUAUGUGACUAUCUAACUAAUUGAUGCUAGUUAUCUACAAGGGGCACAUAAAAAGUAUAUGAUUAUCAAAGAUUGCUUCAAAUUAAACUGUUUGUAGGGUACAGGUAACUCCUGCUAUACGAAUUCUUAUUUUACGAAAAUAUGAUAUAUCUAAAAAAUCCAUAUUUUAUUCGACAUUAUUAUUAGUAUUGUCAACGAUGGAGAAAAAUUAAUUGUGAGGGGUAGAAGAGAUAUUUGUUACAUUGCAUUUGCGGAAAGUUUACAAUUUUUUUUUUUUUUUUUUUUUUUUUUUAUUAAAGAGGAAUGGAUUGGGCCGAUAAUUAAUUCGUAAAAAAGGGAGCUAUCUGUAUAUUGAAGUUAUUCUUCGAUUUAACAAUGACAAUAAUGAUACAUACGCACGCGCGCGCGCGCGAGCACACAGACGCACACACACGCACCCGCGCGCGCACACGCAAAUAUACAUAUACUCAAGUAUUAUCUCACAGUAUUUAGAUAAACGAUUAUGUAACAUAUCGUUUGGAUAAAUGAUAGCUAUCAGUUGUCUGAUUUUCUUCAUUAAACGCAGUUAAUUAUAACGUAGAGUUACGUAACAGGACUGCGAAUUAAAAAGUGCAAACUGAUUAGAACCAUCGCUGAAAUGAAAGAAAUUCGAAUAACUGUACAAUUUGUAUAAUUGCUUUGUAGCAAAUAUUCGUAAAUGGCUCCUUUAAGCCAUUUAACUCGUCGAAAUCUUGAUCGUUACACGCCUAUUUUGUGAAAAUGUUUUCACGAAUUAUAAUCGUGUCAUCAAAAAGAAUAAGGGAAAAAUUGAUCGUAUAAUAUCAAAGGAGAGUAUGAUAUGAAAGUUAGAAGAAAGAUACGAUAGAGAAUGUAAUUUAUAUUAUUUUGAUUUAAUCUCGUAAGAUUUCAACUUUAAAAUCUACUUCAAACGCAGAUAUUUUUCGUUGCAGUGUAAUCAAAAAUAGGUCAGAAAAUAUUUUAUAUCCUACGUUAUCUAUCAUCGACUGCACACGUUUAUAAAGAAAUAUGCAAAUUGAUAGGAUAACAUUUACCGAUGUUAAAAUUGAAAUAUGUAUGUAUUUUAUGUUAAGAGUAGAAAAGUAUAUGUCACAUUGACAAACGAUGCUUUGUGCUCCGUCCAUAAUAAAGGAAACAAAUAUAUGAACAAAUA